AUGGGACCAGGCAAUAAUACCCAAAUUUCAGGAUUUCUUCUGAUGGGAUUAUCAAACAAACCAGAACUGCAGCUCCCUAUUUUUGGUCUUUUCAUCUCCAUGUAUCUGAUCACUGUGUUUGGAAACCUGCUCAUCAUCCUGGCCGUCAGCUCUGACUCCCACCUCCACAACCACAUGUACUUCUUCCUGGCCAACCUGUCCUUUGCAGACAUCUGUUUCACCUCUACCAUCACCCCAAAGAUGCUGGUGAAUAUACAGACACACAGCAAAGUUAUAACCUAUACAGGAUGUAUUAGCCAGAUCUGCUUUUCCUUACUUUUUGCAAGCUGGGAAGACUUUCUCCUGGCCGUGAUGGCCUAUGACCGGUUCGUGGCCAUCUGUCACCCCCUGCACUACAGGGUAAUCAUGAACCCCCACCUCUGUGGACUGCUGGUUCUGGUGUCCUGGAUCAUGAGUGUCCUGAAUUCCUUAUUACAGAGCUUAAUGGUGUUGCAGCUGUCCUUCUGUUCAGAGGUGGAAAUCCCCCACUUUUUCUGUGAACUCCAUCAGAUGAUCCAACUUGCCUGUUCUGAUACCUUUCUUAAUGACACAGUGAUAUAUGUUUCAACUGUGCUGCUGGCUUGUGGUCCCCUCACUGGGAUUCUUUAUUCAUACUCUAAGAUAGUUUCCUCCAUAUGUCGAAUCUCAUCAGCUCAGGGCAAGUAUAAAGCACUUUCCACCUGUGCAUCUCACCUCUCAGUUGUUUCCUUAUUUUAUUGUACAGUCCUGGGAGUGUACCUUAGCUCUGCUGCUACCCAGAGCUCCCACGGAAGUGCUGUGGCCUCGGUGAUGUACACAGUGGUUACGCCCAUGCUAAACCCCUUCAUUUACAGCCUCAGGAACAAAGACAUAAAGGAGGCUCUGAUAAGAUUCCUCAGGAGAGUAACUAUUAAAGGGACAAUUGUCCUGGUGGUGAAGAAGUGCCUUGGUUGUAGGGCUCAAAGCCAUGAUUUUUGA